CACAAUCGCCGCACUUUAGUGCAUUCGUUAAUGUCCAUUGUUCAAACUCGGAUUUCGCUGCCAAAAUCCGCACUCUCUUCUUUUUGAUUUAAUGCGCUCUCUGUGACGUGGCUGCGUUUGUAAAUUUACCGCAUUUUAUUUGCUCUGCACUCUGUUCGCACACUUAAAUUGACGGUCAAGUUUAGCCGCUACCGGUUUGUAUUAAAUUUGCGAAACUUUCAAUGUUUUUAAGGGCUGCAAAUUUACAUUGAACGCGUCGCUAAAAUUUUACCUUCGUCGUCUAAAAUGCGAACUAAUUAAUGAGAUUUUGUGUGCGAGAGCCAGGGCUGCCAACUUGCUGGGAAAUAAAAACGCAAUGGCGGCAAGCUAGGAAAUGCAAUGAAAAGUAUGGAAUUGACACGGUUUUGUUAUAUUAUUACUUACUUAGGAGUAUUUAAUGGGUUUUCAGCGGUAAUAUAACAAAGAUCACACCUUAAUUCGGGAGUUUAAGGCAUUUAAGACAAUGUUAUCGAAAGAGGGGCAACCCUAGGGCAGCCGAUAACGCUUGCAUCACCGCUUUCUCUUUCUAGCACACGCACUGCGGACGCAGAUGCAGCACAAAGCGGAGUAGAACUAGCAAUCGUUAUCGAAAAGGGAGAGUGUCGAAAUGGGCAUAAAUAUUUUUAUAAACACUAAAUAUAUAAUUUCUUGUGGGGAUCACAUUAAAUAUGAUGAGCUGUGCAGCCGGAUUGCGGAGAACACAAACCUGCAACCAGAGGAUUACUACCUAAUGAGCAAUGGCAAACGCUUGGAGGGAGAACUUACGUCUGGAGAUGUUCACUGUGUUCUGCGUCAGCUCGGCGGCAAAGGAGGAUUCGGCUCCAUGCUUCGAGCAAUUGGUGCCCAAAUUGAAAAGACUACCAAUCGCGAGGCUUGCCGCGACCUGAGUGGACGUCGUUUGCGGGAUAUCAACGAAGAAAAGCGGGUGCGCGCCUGGCUGGACAAGCAGGGCGAGCGGGAACGGGAGGCCGAGGAGCGAAAAAAGCGAAAGAUCGAAAAACUGCUGGCCGUGCCCAAACACGACUUUAAGGACGAUAAGUACGAGGAGGCCAGGGCUAAUCUAACCGAAAAGGUUAACGACGCCUUCGAAGAAGGACUCAAGCAGGCCGAGGAGAACAAGGACAAAGGGGUCGAGGAAGCCUCUGCUAGUGGCACCAAAAGAAAAUCCCCCGCCGAAGACAAGACCAAGGCCAAAAAAAAGAAAAAGGGCACACUCUGGAUAGGCGAUGAUAUCUCUGGAUCCGACUCUGACGACAGCGAGGAGGAGUCAGAAACACAGAAAAAAGCCAUACAAAACUAGAUAAAUAACUUUUGUAAUUAGUAUGUACAUAAGACGUUCUUACAUUACAUUUAUUUGAAAUUAAAGCAGCCCAUAAUAAUA